AAUCCUUUCCCUGCGUGUCACCACCUCUCACCCUCCUUCGCCGCACUUCGUCCCUCCCAAAUCCCAUUGACAGCAUCAACCGCUACGACCCGGUACAAUCUUGUCCACAGACCCGCAAUUCUCGAACAGAAACGAACAAUCAUGGCUACCUUAGGAGCCCCCAAGAAGCACAAGGUGACCAUUGUCGGGUCUGGCAACUGGGGCACUACCAUGUCCAAACUCGUCGCCGAGAACGUCAAGGAAAACCCAAAUCUGUUUGACCAGACAGUGCGUAUGUGGGUCUACGAGGAGGAUGUCACCAUCCCAAAGGAAUCUCGCCAUUACGACCCCGGAUCGGAGACCGCAAACAAGCCUCAGAAGCUCUCCCAAUUGAUCAACACCAUCCACGAGAACGUCAAGUAUCUCCCCAACAUUACACUUCCUCCCAACGUCGUUGCCGAUCCGGAUGUCGUCAGCUCGGUCAAAGAUUCGACCAUUCUCGUUUUCGUCCUUCCUCAUCAGUUCAUUCCUAGAGUUUGUGAUCAGUUGAAGGGGCACAUUGUUCCCUAUGCACGCGCAAUCUGCUGCACGAAGGGUGUGGAUGUCGGUGAGAGUGGCAUCAGGCUCAUGUCGGAGACCAUUGGCAUGCGCCUGAGCAUCUACUGUGGAGCACUCUCAGGAGCCAACAUUGCCUCCGAGAUUGCACAGGAGAAGUACUCGGAGACCACGGUGGCAUACGACCCCCCACCCAUGGACUCGCGUGCCCCAACACCAAGUGGCUCGCCGACUUCGUCACAGGUCGAUCUCAUCUCUCCCAGCAAACCUAUCCCCAGCGCUCGAUCCGCGAGACUCAAGGCUCUCCCCUCAGAAUACCCUCCCCUGUCGCACGAGAACGUUCGCAAGCUCUUCCACCGCCCCUAUUUCCACGUCCGCAUAGUCGACGAUGUAGCAGGCGUCUCUCUCGGUGGCGCUCUGAAGAACAUCAUCGCCCUCGCCGCCGGUUUCGUCGACGGACUCGGCUGGGGAGACAACGCCAAAGCCGCCGUCAUGCGCGUGGGCAUCCUGGAGAUGGUCGCCUUCGGCAAGGCCUUCUUCGAGGACUCGGUCAAGACCAGCACGUUCACGGAGGAGAGCUGCGGCGUCGCCGACGUGAUAACAUCGUGCAUGGGCGGCCGCAACUUCCGCUGCGCCAAGAAGGCGACCGCGACGGGCAAGAGCAUCUUCGACAUUGAGCGCGAGGACCUCAACGGCCAGAAGCUCCAGGGCACCAGCACCGCGUACGAGGUCCACGAGUUCCUCAAGAGCCAGGGCAUCGAGCAGGACUACCCGCUCUUCACCGCCGUCUACAACAUCCUCGAGGGCAACGUCAAGCCCGAGCAGAUCCCCGACCUCAUCGAGCCCAAGUUCGACGGAACGGGCGCGAAGCGGUGAGUACGA